ACUUGGAUGAUGAGCACCCCAAUGUUCCGAAAUCAAAUGUGGACGAUGGGAAGCCCCAAGUUUCAGAAAAGGCAUCUUCACCAGCAGUGCAAGACAUUCCUGCUACCCAUCCCCAUAAUGUCAUGAAAGCCCUGGAAGCAGACGCCAACAAGCCCGCAGAGAAGCGUAAAGCAGAGGCGACGGCUCUGAAAGAUCAGGGGAACCAAGCGUUCAAGAAGAGCAAUUACACACGAGCCGUUGAGCUCUACACACAGGGCCUGGAGCGUCUAAAAGACUUUGUGGUGCUGUACACCAACAGGGCACAGGCUUACAACAAAUUGGGAAAGUUUACAGAGGCAAUGGAGGACUGCCGGACUGCCUUGCAGUUGGAACCAAACAACGUCAAGGCAUUGGUGCACCUUGGCAAGGCCCAACAGGGACUGAAGGAUUACGAGGUGGCUGUUACGACUUACAAAGAAAUCACCAAGAUUGACGAGAAGUACGAAAGUAAAGUCGCAGGCUACAUUGCAGAAGUGAAUCUAGCCGAGUCCGCAGCCAAGUCUGAUAUGGAGGCUGAGAGGCUGUUGAGUGAGGGCGAUGUCAAAGCAACGGGCGUUCAUGAGAUCGGACUCGGUGACGGUAAGCAAAAACUCUGCCAUAAUUACCAAUGUAGGUAAUUACAAAUGUAGGUAAUUACAAAUGUAGGUAUGUAAAUUGAAUGUUUCUUAUCCCAAAAAUGUUUGUUUUACAGCAUUUCAUAUAAUCUUGAAUUUUGGUUUAACUAUAGACCCUUUGUUGGUUGUGCCAUGACAGUGGGCAGCAGUCGAUUUCAUGAAAAAGUGCGCAGCUUGUGCCAUGAGUAAGACUUAGGCAACAAAUUUGUUGCCCAGCUGCGCAAUAAAGUUACGAUCGAUUUCACAAAGCUUGGCGCAGCUUCACAAUGCUUUAAAUAAUUUAAGCAUCUUGGACGAGGAUAAAAGCAGCAUUUACCACGGCUGUUUGUGUGUGAAUUUUUUCGUUCGCAAAACAGUCGUUGGAUCACCUCAGCCCGCCAUUUUGAAAAUUAUUUUGUCCGUCUUGUAUCAACCUUGAUAA